GCAACUAUUAAAAUUCAGAAGAGCAACUUAGUCCGGAAUCAAGGUUUACUAUAAGAAAUAAGAAGAGUGUUUUUUUAUUCACACAAGUGUGUUCUAGAGACUGCUUUUUCGUCUGUUCUAGGCUAAGAAAAUAUUUUUUGCAUGGUUUUUUUCGUUGCAUUAAAUCAGAAAAAAAGGCUUUCUUUCUCUCCUAAAAUAUCUCAUCGAAUUUAUCAGCAAACAAAGAAAUACGAAUAGAAAAUUUUCUUUUUUUCUCGAAAAAUGUACAGACUGUAAUAGGCAGGGCAGUUAAGAAAGUAUUAAACAGAAGUUUUUCUGUUCUUUCCGUCGUCAAUGGAGAAUGACAUUUCAUUCGAUCAGGUUUCACGAUUUUUCUUUUCUAUUAACUCAAUGGCUUACCUAUUCGAAUUAGUUGCGGAGAAAAAUAAUUACCGUCCGAAGCUCAAUCCCUAUUUGUAUCCUGUUCAAACAUUAUUCAUAUUGUUUUCUCUUAUCUUCGCUUCUUCUCUUCAUAUUUCAGAGGUGAUCAUUUAGUUAAUAAAACAGAUAAAGAUGGUCUUGUACUUGGUCUUCUGGAAGGUGGUGCUACUUUAGCAGCGAAACAAGCAUCAUUUUUAACGAAUGGACUUCAUUAUGGUUGGGCUGUUAAUCGUCCAUAUUCAGAAUCCUUAGCUUUAGCAAAAUCAUUAGUUGAACAAGGUGAAUUAAAACCAUCAGUGGAUAAGAAAACUUAUGGACAGUAUAACAAUGGAUUAGAAGAUAUUGU